AAAAUGAGUAGUAAAUGUCAAGGAAUGUCUGGAAUGUUGUUAUUGUUUGUGAAUUUCUGGAUUUCUCCCACUGUGGUCUUUAUCUAUGAUUUCCCCGCUCCAUUUUCAGGAUUGUUUCUAGAUGCAAAUGUAUAUUGACCCAAUUGAUGGAUAUCAUUUUGCGAGCUGGAAUAAGCUGUUAAAAGCAGAGUGGAACGGCCGAUGUAAAAAUCACUAAACAAACGAUUUUGGAUAGCAGAUCUGGAUCGUGGAGUGCCAUCUACUCAAGAAGGGCACAAAGCUGGAGCGAGCGUCCUGGUUUUUUGGAAUCUGGGUCACGGUGAAUCCAUGUACGCAGGGUCGAUGCCUGUGGGAGCGACGGGGAGGGUAUCCAAACCGAAACGAGCCGAGCGCGCGACCUUCAUGGCUGUCAAGCCAGCCAUUCUAUUUUCUGGAUUUGUUUCCCCUGUUCUUCAUUGCAUCUACUUAUGUAGUUAUCACGUUAUUAAAAACAUAACAGUGCGGGUGUGGUGAGAAUAAUCGCGAUAGCCAUUGGCAGCGUGAAAGGGCCAUGUUUAGGGGCACAGUUCGGGUAGAAAUAUGCGAGGCUCAAGGUCUGCGGCCUACGGAUUGUUCCAAACGACACGCGUUCGGGAAGGACGAGCAGCCGCUGGACCCCUAUGUUACGGUCGACGUGGACGACACCCAAUUUGCCCAAUCCACAACCAAGCAGAAAACAUUCGACCCAGUUUGGAAUGAACAAUUCGAGCACAGGGCGGAGAAUGCGAAGACUCUCACCCUUACUGUUUUUCACGAUGCCGCAAUACCACCCGAUGUUUUUGUGGCCAACUGCACGAUACCAUUUGAUGAGCUUCUGACCAGGGACAAGGAUGAGUCCGACUUUUGGGUUAACUUAGAGCCGAAGGGGCGCCUACGCGUUAAAAUCGAUUUGAAACAUACUCCCAAAGAAUAUGGAGUUAAGCCAAGGGAAUUUAAGGAAAGGCAAGGAUUCAACAGGCGCCGAGGUGCCAUGCGUCGUCGUGUGCAUCAAGUUAAUGGGCAUAAAUUUAUGGCAACAUUUUUAAGACAACCUACUUUUUGUUCGAUCUGUAGAGAAUUCAUAUGGGGUUUGGGCAAGCAAGGCUAUCAAUGUCAAGUUUGCACCUGCGUGGUUCACAAAAGAUGCCAUCACGUGGUGCUAACAAAAUGUCCGGGAAUGAAAGAAGAACCGACUGUUCAGAGUACCGGAUUCAAUGUGAAUAUUCCACAUCGAUUUGUCGUACACAACUACAAAAGAUUCACAUUUUGCGAUCACUGUGGAUCGUUACUUUAUGGCCUGUUUAGGCAAGGACUUCAAUGCGAAGUAUGUUCUCUGAAUGUUCACAAGAGAUGCCAGAAGAAUGUCGCCAACAACUGUGGCAUCAAUACAAAACAGAUGGCAGAGAUCCUUUCUGAAAUAGGUAAACCUGAUCCGCUGCCUGUGCUUAGUCCGAUCACUUUGUAUGUGCAUGGUGUGUCUCCGGAUAGUAAGACGCCAAUUAGAAGAGCUAAAGUACUGCCAACUUCUGGAAAUGGAGCCCCAAUUGAUGGUGGAAGUGAAAAUACAACAUCAGUUAUCGAAGCUAGAUUGGAUGAGAAUCUAUCCAAACUUUUGGAGGGAAAGCUGCAAUAUGGUGAUGAGCAACAAAGAAGUGGUGGCAAGCAUAGCAUCGGUUUGGAUGAUUUCCACUUUAUCAAAGUACUGGGAAAGGGCAGUUUUGGUAAAGUCAUGUUGGCUGAGAAAAAGGGCACUGAUGAAGUUUACGCUGUGAAGGUUCUCAAGAAGGAUGUAAUCAUUCAAGAUGACGAUGUGGAUUGCACUAUGACUGAGAAACGGAUUUUAACACUAGCUGCAAGACAUCCAUUUUUAACAGCUAUUCACUCAUGUUUCCAGACGCGCGAUCGAUUAUUCUUUGUUAUGGAGUACGUUAAUGGAGGCGAUCUUAUGUUUCAAAUUCAGCGAGCGAAGAAGUUUGAUGAGCCGAGAGCUAGAUUCUACGCAGCAGAAGUCACAUUGGCAUUGCAAUUUCUACACAGAAACGGUGUUAUAUAUCGCGAUUUAAAACUUGAUAAUAUUUUGUUGGAUGCGGAGGGCCACUGCAAACUGGCCGAUUUCGGAAUGUGCAAAGAAGGAAUUGUUGAUGGCGUGACCACUACUACUUUUUGUGGAACACCCGAUUAUAUUGCCCCUGAGAUCCUACAGGAAUUAAAUUAUGGUGCUAGCGUAGAUUGGUGGGCGUUAGGCGUUUUGAUGUAUGAGAUGAUGGCUGGUCAGCCUCCAUUUGAAGCUGAUAAUGAAGAUGAUCUCUUUGAAUCGAUUCUGCACGAUGAUGUACUAUAUCCCGUCUGGCUGAGCAAGGAGGCUGUUAAUAUUCUCAAAGGAUUUAUGACAAAAAGUUCACAUAAACGUUUAGGAUGUGUGCAGAACCAGGGUUGUGAAGCCGCAAUUUUAGUCCAUCCGUUCUUUAAAGAAAUCGAUUGGAAUGCCCUGGAGAAUCGAAAAGUUAAACCACCAUUUAGGCCAAAAAUUAAAAACAGAAGAGAUGUGGCGAAUUUCGACGCCGAAUUUACUAGAGAAGAGCCCGUCUUGACGCCGGUGAGCAACGAAGUGCUGCAAUCCAUCAAUCAAGAGGAAUUUCAAGGAUUUUCCAUCUACAACAAAGACUUUAGUCCUUCUCGAAUAGUGACUGAGUAACUAGCAUACACCGCCAGUCAUAGUUUCUAAUCUUUCUUCAACUAUUUUAAUUUCAUAUUUCUUAAUUUGAAAGUUUCUUCUCAGCGUGGUUUAGUUUAACUAUCCCGCAAGCUGGUUGAUUGUCACGUCGAUUUGAAAAUCUUAUUUUAAAAAAGCUGAUCGAAUGAGAUGACAGCUGGCCUGGCAUCACUAACAGUAUUUUCCUUUCAAGUGUUUUAAAGCUGGGCAGGGUAAUGCCAACUUAAUUUGCUGAUGCAAAACUUUGAUCGAACGAGGGUCUUCGUUAUAGAGAUUGAAAAUCAAUUUUUUGUUUAAUGUUAUUUUUUAUUUAUUCAAUAAUUUUGUAGGCUUUUGUGUCGAAUACAAAAAAGUCAGUUUGUGUUGAUUACAGAGUUUUGUAAAUACAAUUGUCUGAUUCGAAUUCGAUUUCUGUAAAUUUGAAACUAUAGUUUUUAAAUGCUGCGAGUUAUUCACAACGAGGCCGAUAUCUUAAAAGCUGUAUAAAAGCAGUCCUGAAACACAAUCUUUAAGGCUCGUUUUCCAACAAAGCAAAGUUGAAUGUAAACGGCUAGACAUAAUACCUAAGUAUUGUGGCAACAGGAAUAGUAAUAAUCUGCUGUUUAAAGUUGACUGAAAGGGAAGACACAGAUCCGUAAUUCAAUAGAGCGCAUAGAUUGGCUGUGUAAAUUUGUUUAUUUUUUAUGUUGGUAAAUCUUUAUUUUCAUAAACUAAAACUAGGUAUGUACAAAUAUAAAUCUGGUCUAAAUGAAACGCAUAUCUUUGAAGAAAGCUUAAAAUAACUUUAAUUGCUUUUACUUACACAUGUUAAAAUUUCUAGAGUUUAUAUUGCUGAUUUGUUGGAGUUAUUGAUUAGAUAAUAUUUAAACAGCAAAUAAAGUACUAUAAUGCCAACAGCACUUGGCCAACAGUUGUACCAGAAAUGUAAUAGUUGUCCGAAGUGCAGUUAAAUUUUAGUUAUUUUAAAUUUAAUGCGUUUUAAAUCGAUAUAUAGUUUAUAAUAUUGUUAGAAGCAGCAGCGUAGCUAGGACCUAAUUAAAAAGUGAUCAUAUUUUUUAACAAAUAAUUUUAUGUGGUCUACUUUAGAAAUAUCUUCACAAUGGUCAUAUGGAGAAUUCUUAAAUAUUUGUGAUUGGUAAAGGGUAAUUUAAAAUUAAUCGAAAAAUUUUGCAACUGAGAAAGUUUGUAAAUAAACAUAUAGUAUGAGCAAUUGGUUCAAAGGAUCAUGUUUAUAUAAUUUCUAAAAUCGCUCUUUACGUUAUUCCAUCAAAGACUAUCAGAUCUCCUGGUUACGCUACUAGUUAAAGAAACCACAGAACCCUUUCUGUAGCCAUGUGCCAUGUAUUCUACUGUUCUGCCUUUACAGUAGAACCACUAAUUAUAAUAAUGUUUCCGUCGCUAAAAUCGACACGCAUCGAUUUAGUAACAUACUAGUUAAACAUUUUAUUUAUUAUCACGAUUAAUUCAGAGCACUUUUGGUUUUGUAAACAGGUCAAAAUAUUGCACAUGCCUGUAAAAUUAAAUAGUUGUAUUUAGUUAGAGAAAUAGUUCAAAAACAUUUCGGAAAAAUGUUCUUGAGUCUCUUUGAUUUUUAUCCCAAUUAAUGAUUGUCUCGUAUUAUAACAGUUAUUGUAUCAAUAAUUUGUUGUUAAGACUAUUCGAGUUCUAAUCAUUAAGAUACACCAAACAAGCACUUUUUUUGAAUAAUUGGAACUAAAUUCAAGUCGCAGGAUGAUGUAAAUAUCUGGAAAACAUCUGAGGAAGGUUAUUUCGAUUGUUCUCGGUAUUACUUUUCUGCGCCAACGUUUUUGGUAAACCCUUCACGUAUUGAAAAAUAGUUCAACAACUCAUAAUUGGUCUGAUGUUUGAAAACGAAUGUUAGCAUAGACAGUCGCGAAAAACUCUAGAACAGAUUUGCAAACAUAGUACGUAUUGAUUCCCAUACUUUACAAGUAAAUUUCACAGUAAAUUAUUAGGAAAGUAGCUUGCACAUUUUCAGAGCAAGAUUAAAUUUUUUCAAUAUUUAUAGGCACGUAUUAUUUCGUGGUCAACGUUUUCUAGUCAUUGAUGGUGUUUGGCCUAUGUAAAUAGUGAGUGAGUCAACCACAUUAUAAAUAGUUGUUUCUAAUAAUAAGGCCAAAUUUCACACUAUUUAAGUUCAAAUAUUUUUUGCCUUUUUACCGGUAAGAGUAUUUCUAUGUAUCAAUGACCUAAUGCGUGUAUUAUUUUGAAUAGUAUUUUUUAUAUUUUCUUUACCUAUGUCGCGUUUAAUUUUAUUUUUAGUUAAUUUAUUGUGUGAUUUUGCUAAUAUGGUAACGUAAUUGCGCUAAAUAAAACUAGGGAACGCACAUAUAACAUUUACAGAUAGGCAAAAUAGAGCAAAAAUGUGUUUAUUGUUAACUGUUUACUUUUAAAAUGUUUAACAGAAUAUUAGCAACACCAACAAAUUUGGGAAUUAAAUUCUCUUUACAAGCUAUGACCACUUUGAAAGGCACUGGUUGAUUAAACAAAUAUGUAUAAUUAAAAAGAUCUGCAAAUUUCAGAAGUGUGUAGCAGUUUUCAAUGUGGUUUAUUGUUAGGAAUUAAUCCAAAGUCCAGCUCUAAGCCACGUUAGUAUUAAUCCUCUAAACGCUAUACCCGCAGCGAGUAAUUUAGCGAUAGAAGUUUCAGUGCCGUUUAAAGUGCCAAAUAGCCUUUAUAGUUUCAAUUGAAAUUCUAUUUUUGCUAAUAUUAAUAUUUAAAAGUUGUAUUACUUGUGUUUAUUAUUGUAUUGUGAUAAAUCGUUGUGCAAUCUCUAUUAAUUUAAUGUUGUUAUUUUGUGAAGAAAUGUGCAUAUACAUAUAUUAUCUCUACUAAAAGUAUUUAACGCUUAAGCUAUAAUGUUUUAUAUUACCAAAGAUUUAUUUGAUCGUUUAUCGUGUAUGCGUCUAUGUUGUCAGUGAAGCGGAAAAGCACUUUGAAGAAAAAAAUACAGCACCGUUUAGAAAAAUUACUGAAUGUUUUUAUAGAAAAUGAAAUGUUCUUCAAAUGCGCUUAACUACUGUAUGAAUGUAAUUUAUUCUCGAGUAACAAGCGCAAGUAUUGGUUUGCAAGCGUAACUCUAAACUCGUGAAUCCUUCAGAUAGGCUUCAUGAUUGUAACAUAAUCUGUUUAAAAUAGAAUAUUUGCCAUUAAAAUAGACACAUUCUAAAGUACGUUUCAAGGAAAUGUAUUGUAUUGUUGAAAAGUAAAUAUAAAAUUAUGUAAUGUUUAGAUAUUUAUUAAUGUGUAACUUAGAAUAUAGGUAAAUUAAUUAACCCGCUAUGAUAGUAAGUGUUUUAGAUCUCUACAUAUUGUAAUAGUCAAUGCAGUUUUAAUUUAGAUGUGUCUCGUGUUUUAUGGCAUUACCUCACCGGUUACCAGCUGCAAAUAUGUUUAUAGUAAUACUUAACAUUUCAAAAAUUAUCAAUUUAUUUUUGUCUUAACUUUUUUCAUACUUUAUAUUUCCAUUGCAUUAAUUUGUUUUUUUGGUCAGUUUGCAUUAAUAUUUGCCAUAGUUUUUGGGGCUACAGAUGAGUACGAUUGAACGAGCGGGUUUUAUUAAAUUUUGUGAUGCAUAAGCCAACUAAUCUAUUUAAAAAAUUGCAUUGACUAUUAGCACUACAGCAUUUCUCAAGUCAUUGUCAUUAAGUAUGAAACCAAAUUAUUCAGUUGAAGAAAAAUGGAAAAAACCGGUUUCACAGAUCUUAUUUUCAAAUAGCAUGAAAAAUAUAGAAAGUAACUAGAGAAAAGCUUACUAGAGUUUUUUCGUAUCAUUGUUUUUUUUAUAUAAAAUUAUUAUGUCUGAAAUUAGCUUUGGUCUAGAAUGUAUAGUAAAUAGGCAAGUUCAAUUGCCAUUGGAAAGUUAUAUUAAGCCAAAUAAUGUAUUUCCAAAAACUCUAUGAAAAAAUAAAUAAUUUAUGUGUUAUAA